CCUGUUUCAUUUUCUCUUUCUAUAUUAACAGCUCAAUUUGUCAGCUACAAAGAUGUAAUCAAGGUUAUCCUUGUCCCCAUAGUUGUUGCUGUGGAAUCACCCUCUCCGCCUUCUGAUAAGGUAGCAAUCGCAUCGAUUCAGGGGGUAAUGGAGGAGACCGUUCCAAUGAAGCAGAUGAAAAUGGACUGGGUUCCUUACAUUCCGCUUGAUAAAAGAGGAAGACAAGUUGAGAGGAUGAAGUUUCAGAUUUUUAUCCUCGUCUGUAGGCAGAGGAGAGCUGCCCUCAAGGACGAGCGUGCUAGGGAGUUCCUAUAUUGUCUUCCUUAUUUCUAUGACCCAUUUAAGGAAGAUGAAGUUGAAGAUAGUACUGAGGUCGACAUUAUUUUCCCAUCUAAACAGCUGAUCAAACGUGACUUUGACUGGAAGUUUAGCAGACUUGAGGUCUUUGAGAUGGCCUUUGUGUACAUUUCAUCUCAGGAAUUUGCUGAUGACCUGAUUGAAGAAGAAGAAUUAUCUGCAGAACAAAAGGAUGAAUUCAAAGAAUUUGUCAAAGAGCAGGUUCGAGCAGCAAAGAAAGCAAGGCAUGAGGCAAAAGCUGCUCGAAUGAAAGCAAGAGAAGAAGUGAGCGAAGAAGAUAGGAAAGCCUAUGAAAGCAUCAAGUUUUACAAAUUCUACCCUAAGCCUCCACCAGAGGUCUCAGGACUCGGCAAG